AUGCCUCGUAACCACCAUUGCCCGGGCUGUUACCAAACUAUGGACAGGUCCCGCUGCGAACUGAAGGACCAUGUCUACAGGUGCCAAUUUCACCCCAACAGGUAUCUCAAGAUUGGAGCCGAAUGCCCAACCUACAAGGUAGAGCGUAUCUCCAAGGAAAGAGCUGAGCUCAAGGAGGAGAAGGAGAAGGAGAAGGAAAAUCCCAAGAAAGAGGUCAAGCCCAAGAAGGAGCCUGAGAGGAAAUACGGAAAGUGGUAG